AUGAGUUGCGACCUCGAACCCGCUGACUUUCGUAAACAAGACGAAGAAGAAGAAGAAGAGGAAGACGAGGAGCUCAUGUUUGCUUUUGAGCCACAAAGCGAUGAGGAGAAUUCAACGCGACCACAGCACGAAGAUACCCCGAUCUUCUAUUCCAUCGACGGUGUCAGUAUUGAGCGUCCAGUCAAUCCAAUUGUGGCUAUUCUUGAACAUCGAGAGGUUGGUGAAAGCGCGAAAGCCAGUCGAGAAGAAGAGAUCGUGAAGCUGGAGGACAAAGCAGCUGUCCCGUCAGUCCUCCAUAGUCGCAAGCGCAAGACGAAUGAGCUACCGACCAACAACUUUGCACAGACGUUCCAUCCUGUAGCCAAGCGAACCAAAUCGAAGCACACUUGCGAGCGCUCUGUGACCGCAACUGCGUGUCUGAUGGACAACUUGUCUUUACACCGGACAUCGGGUGGACAAUGCCGACAGCAGCGGGGAGGGACCACCCUUCACGACAAUGAUCACAAGAAGGAUCUUGCGACCAAUUCACCAGACUGCUCAACGUCCGUCGCCAUUCCAAACAGGUUCCAGCCAAUUCACUGGCCAGGAGACGCCAGUGGAACUUGCAGCGCUGAGAAGGACUGCAGCUAUUCAUGCUCGUCGUCGUCAUCAUCAUCGUGCUCGUCGUCAAAACCAAGGACGCCCAGUAGCUUGAGUCACUCUUGUCGACUCGGGGUAGACGUGCUGUCUCCCACGCACGUCCAUUUCAAUGAUUUGGUGCUCCACUCGUCAGCUGGAAGCUACACGGGCUCGUGA